AUGGGGUCGCAGGUGCUCCAGAUCUUACGCCAGGGCGUCUGGGCUUCGCUGACCGGCGGCUGGUUCUUCGACCCGCAUCAGAGCACUUUCUCCAACUGUUUCCAUCUCUACACUUGGAUUUUCCUGCUCAUCCUCCCUUUCCUGCUCUACAUGCUGGUGACCCAGUUCUUUCUGGGCCAGGCCCUGAGUGCCAUAAAUCUCUUGCCACCUUCCCAAAGCUUUUUCAAGCUUCAUUUCUCCUGGCAGGGACACAACUGGAUCAUUGCCUACAGCCGGCCGGUUUACUUCUGCGUGGCUUGCCUCUUGAUUUGGCUGCUGGACCUGUGUGCCCGGAUUGGGCCCUUCCCUCCCAUCGCCCUCUACGAUGUCACCCUCUUCUCCACCGACUUCUUCUACUGCACCCGGGACGUGGCCAUCGUGUUCACUCUUUGCUUCCCCGCCAUCUUCCUCUUUGGGCUCCUCCCGCAAGUCAACACUUGCUUCAUGUACCUUCUGGAACAAGUCGAGAUGAACAUCUUUGGUGGGACAGCUGCUACCAGCCCCCUCACCGCCUUGUUUGCCCUGCUCCGCAGCAUCCUCGUGGCUGGCCUCCUCUACGGGUUCUGCCUCGGAGCCAUCAAGGUUCCGUGGGGUGACCAGCAUGUGCCCGUCCUCUUUUCGGUCUUUUGCGGCAUCCUGGUGUCCCUCUCCUACCAUCUCAGCCGUCAGAGCAGCGACCCCACCAUCCUCUGGUCUUUCAUCCGCACCAAGCUUUUCCCCGAGUUUGACAACCGCAACGUGGACAAUCCCCCGGUUGGUGUGAAGGAUCCCCUCCCGGAGAAACUGCGCAACUCCCUGCGCGAGAUCCUUCACUCCGACUUCGUCAUGUGCUUCAUCAUCGCUGUGCUGACCUUCGCCAUCAGCGCCAGCACCGUCUUCAUCGCUCUUGAGUCUGUCCUAGGCUAUGUGCUCUAUGCCCUGGCGGGGCUGGUUGGUUUUGUCACCCACUACCUCGUGCCCCAACUCCGUAAGCAGCUGCCCUGGUUUUGCCUCUCGCAGCCCGUCCUGAAACCACGAGAAUACAGCCAGUUUGAAGUCCGCAGCGCUGCUGAGUUGAUGUGGUUUGAGAAGCUGUACGCCUGGCUGCAGUGCGUCGAGAAGUACGUCAUCUACCCGGCUGUGGUGCUGAACGCCUUGACGAUCGAUGCCCACUGGGCCAGCAGCCCUCGGCAGGAGAAGCUCUGCAUCCCGUGCCGAGCUCUUCUCCUCACGGUGGCCGGCAUGAAACUUCUGCGGAGUUCCUUCUGCUGCCCCCCACAGCAGUACGUCACCCUGGGCUUCACCGUCCUCUUCUUCCAGUUCGACUACAAACAAUAUUCGGAGGGUUUUCUCACCGACUACUUCAUCAUGUCGAUCCUCUUUAGCAAGCUGUGGGACCUGUUGUACAAGCUCCGGUUCGUCCUCACCUACAUCGCCCCGUGGCAGAUCACCUGGGGCUCCGCCUUCCACGCCUUUGCCCAGCCCUUUGCCGUGCCACAUUCAGCCAUGCUGUUCCUCCAGGCUGUUCUCUCUGCGUUGUUCUCCACGCCUCUCAACCCGUUGCUGGGCAGCGCCGUCUUCAUCAUGUCUUACGCUCGGCCAGUCAAAUUUUGGGAGCGCGAUUACAAGUGAG